AAGACUUAACGAGCGAGUCUGUGCUCCCCGCAUUACUUUAUUUGGUCGUUUGAAUAUAUCUAGCUGAAAAUCACCUCGCGAUGUCCGAAGAUUUGCAAAGGAAACUUCAGUCUGAACUCGACAGUUUCAAAAAUGUGCAAAAAGAGCUACAGAAGGCGAUAUCCACCAGGCAGCAGCUCGACGGGCAGCUGAACGAAAACGGUAUCGUUAAAAGCGAGUUGGAUCUGCUGCCGGCUGACGGGAAAGUGUUUAAGUCAGUCGGGCCGGUGCUCAUCAAAACCGAGCUGAUCGAAGCCAAGCAAAACGUGAGUAAACGCAUGGACUACAUCGGCAAAGAGAUUAAAAAGAUAGACGAUCUAAUCGCGUCGCUCGAGAAGAAACAAGACAACCACCGCGAAGCCUUGCAGAAGUUGCAGCACCAGUUCCAGCAGGCCCAAGUGAAAGCCGCGUUACAUGCUUGAUCUGUUGUAUUCCCGUUCGUAUUUAUUGUAUCCUUGUUUCGAAUUGAAUCCGCGAUAAACAGUUUCUCCCGACGUUUGUGCAAAAAUGUUUUUUUGUAAUAAAGAAAUACAAUAAUUAGGUU